UUCAGUCGGCCAAUCAGGUUCUAAAAGUAUCUGAAUUACUUUUUAUAUUCAAUUUUGUAUGUAAAAUCAGGAAAAAAUAGUACCAAAAUUUUAAAAAAACAAUAAAUCCUCAAAUUUUGCUUUUUCUUGAAAAUUUUGCUGAAUUUUGUCUUUGCCCAUUUUUAAAAAAUCAAUAUUUCAAAAUUUUUUAAAUGAAAAAAGACUUUCAAAAAACCACUUUUCAGUUUUUUCUAGGUAACUCCAUGAGUUCGAUCUAAUGAUCAAAAAAAAAAAUUUUGCUUAUCUUUUGAAUUGUCGGCACCUUACUACGUACCGAAAAGCUUUAACUUCAGAAAACUCAAUAGUACGAGAAGUAUAAUAACUACACUUGUUUCUGUUGUUCAGUGUUUUCAUAAAAAUGCUGUUUACCGAGAAAAGCUUUUCCUUAUUUAAGUCGACUGAGUGAAACUCAAGGAGACUUAUUGCUUUGCACCCAGAAAAAUGCUUCUUUCUUCCUUUCCACACGGGGUUUUCUCGUUCGAGUCAGACAGUCGUUCUCAGUUAUUUCUGAUCGAACAGGUUUGCAAAAAAGAUGAUUUGAAAGUGUAUAGAUUGUAGAUGACACAUCUGAAAGUAGUUUUCGGAUAUUUGCUUUAGUUAUCUUAUAAUUAGUGUCAUAAAAUGAGUAUAUUUUUGAGACAACUCUAUCGUUCUUCUAUGAGAUCAUUAAUCGUCACCUGAUUCAUUUCAUAGUGAAUAUAUGGUACAGUGCUGGUUAUGAUGAAAUCUAUACGACAGUAGAAGAUAUGAUACGAUAAUGAAUCAGCUGAUAUAGGAAUAUAGGAAUUCUUUUUGAAAAAUAGUCAAACUUUUAUGAGUUUGUAGAUGUUCUAAUUUCGUCUGUUUACCGCUCUACUCAGUCGACUUUCCAAUCUUUGUGUAGCAUAGUUGGUCUCUAGUUAGUCUUCCUUCUCAGUUUCAUACAUUAACAUGUCAAAUCUGAGAAAAAUGAUGCGAUGAUUUUUAGUCCUUAAAUUAUUUUACGGUAUAUACUAAAAACGUUUCAAACCUGAUGAUCUAGAAAUCAUGUUUGAAACAGACUAUUAGUCUUACGAUCAUAUUCUAAAAUCGAUUCUUUGACCUACUACUAACAGAAAUGCAUGAUAAAAAUAUUAGCUGAGAUUUUGAAUCGGAUACAACUUUCAAUCGGUAGCUAAGAAAAGAAUCACUAUAAUCGUUUUGCUGAUAAUCUUCUCAUAGUUGUACUCGCUAAAAGAAAACUGAAGAAGAGAGUAAUCAAUUUAGGUUUGAAAUGAAACCGUGAUUCUGUUGUCGUGAAAAAUGUUUCUAUAUAAUUUCUUGAAUUCGUAUAGUGGUAUUCACAUUUACAUUUUGGCAAGAGCUAUUGAUUCACACAAUUUCCAUAAUUUGAUCGAUAUACUAAAAAAUUUAGUGGAAAUGAAACACAAUGUAUCUCACGUAUACAAAAUAUACGUUCUGGGCUAACUAUUUUUGUCCAAAUCAUAAUGAUCUUUAAUCUACUAGUUUAUUCUGCGAAUCUGAUGAAUAUUAAUCUGUUAAAAAAUAGAAAAUUUUCAUUAAAAUCUGAAAAUAAACAGAGAUUCAUACUAAGAUGGAAAAAAUAAGAGUUAUUAGUGUAACACAUUCAAACCGAACAUAACUGUCUGAUGCAAAAGCUGUGCUAAAUCUUGCUCAUUUUUCUUGUAGGACCAGUUGAAAUCGACAGUACCAGUUAAAACAAUUGAGUUUUCAGCACCAAGGAAUGAACGUCAAAUAGCCGUGAGAGAUGCAACGCGACAUGCAUGGAAAGCUUAUAAAGCAUAUGCAUGGGGUAACGAUGAAGUGAAACCAAUAUCGAAAAAACCAUCGUUAUGGUUUGGUCUUGGUUUGACAAUUGUCGACUCUAUUGAUACAUUAUAUAUAAUGAAUAUGGUAGAAGAAUAUAUGGAUGCCCGUGAAUGGAUCAGUACUUCGUUUGAUAUCGAUUCACCAUCAUUAGAUAAAUUUAAUUCACAUUUUGAAAUAACAAUAAGAGUUUUAGGUGGAUUAUUAAGUGCAUAUCAUCUGAGUGCGGAUCCUAUAUUUUUAAAAAGAGCCGUCGAAUUAGGCGACAGACUGUUGAUAAAUUUCAAUACAGCCUCUGGCUUACCAUUAGCAGAAAUUAAUAUUAAAAGAAAAACGGCUAGUGGAUAUCGGUGGACAAGUGAUGCCUCCACAUCCGAAGUGGGCUCAGUUCAAUUAGAAAUGAGAGACUUAUCACGUUGUACUGGUGAUAAAAAAUAUGAAACAGCGGCUGACAGAUCUUCAAAUGUACUUCAUGGUGAAUCGAAAAAAGAUGGUCUUGUACCAAUUUUUAUUAGUCCAUUAACGGGUCAUUUUUCCGGCGGUGUCGUUUCGUUUGGUGCUCGUGGAGAUUCAUAUUAUGAAUAUUUACUCAAACAAUGGUUGCAGACAGGACAAACGAAACAAAUGUUUUGGGAAGAUUGGAUUGAAUGUAUUGGCGGUGUUCAAAAACAUCUUUGGCGACAUUCUUAUCCACAACAAUUUUGGUUUGUUGGUGAAUUAUUGUCAAUGUCUUCUUUUAGUCCAAAAAUGGAUCAUUUGGCAUGUUUUUUAGCGGGUAAUUUAGCAUUAGGUUGGCAUUUUCAACGUAAUUUAACAUAUUUAUUGGAUAUGGCUAAAAAUUUAACAACAACAUGUUAUGAAAUGUAUCGAAAACAUGAAACGGGUUUAAGUCCUGAAAUCACUUAUUUUAAUAUUGAUCCAAGUUCAAAUGAUGAUCUUGUUAUUCGUGAUAAUGAUGCUCAAAAUUUGUUGCGCCCAGAAUUUAUUGAGUCAUUGUAUUACAUGUACUAUUUAACAAAUGAUAGAAAAUAUCAAGAAUGGGGUUGGAAAAUAUUUGAAUCAUUUGAAAAAUAUACACGAGUUCCAGAUGGCGGUUAUACAACAAUCGAUGAUGUUGUACAUAAAGAUAAUGUAAGACCACGAGAUAAAAUGGAAUCAUUUUUCUUAGCUGAAACAUUAAAAUAUUUUUAUUUACUCUUUGAUGAUACUAAUUUGUUUCCGUUUGAUAAAUGGAUAUUUAAUACGGAAGCACAUCCAUUACCCAUUUACAAAUUUUAA